GCAGUUUCGACAGUGCUGGCUUCCCCCUGGGAACACAAUGAACAUCUCCACAGGACCAAUGGCCUCUCUGCUCCUGGCUUUGCUGAUCUCGGCCACUCCACAAGUACUGGGUGUCAGCCCUGGCCUGGCGGCCAGGAUCACCAAUAAGGGCCUGGAGUACGUAACUGAGAAGGGGCUAGAAGCUCUGCAGAAAGCCCUGCAUAGAAUCACACUACCAGACUUCACUGGGGACUUCAGGAUCAGAGGACACUAUGAAUUUCGUAGCCUGAGUAUCCAGAGCUUUGAGCUCCGCAAUGCAGCCCUCAAGCCCCUCCCUGGCCAAGGCCUGAGCGUGUCCAUUUCUGACUCCUUCUUCAAUAUCCAGGGCAAGUGGAAGGUGCGCGUGUCUUUCAUGAAAGCACAAGGUUCCUUUGAGCUCAAGGCCAGAGGCAUUACCAUUUCGUUCACACUCCUCCUGGGAAAGGACCUCUCCAGAAGGCCCACGGUCACUGUCACCAACUGCAACAGCCACAUCCAGGACGUGGAUGUGGACAUGCCAGGAAGCAUGAAGUGGAUGCCGAACCUCUUCCACAACUAUAUUGAGUCCAAGUUCCGAAGAGAAACAGAGAGCAAGAUUUGUGAAAUGGUCCAGAAAUCAGUGACCUCUGACCUACAACCUUACCUUCAAACUCUGCCAGUCACAUCAGAAAUAGACCCUUUCAUCAGUAUUGAUUACAGUUUGAUGGAGGCACCUCAGGCCACAGACCAAACUCUGGAUGUGAUGUUUAAGGGAGAAUUUUUUAACACUGGUCACUACACCCCAGUUCCCUUCCUUGCUCCUGCUAUGAGAUUUUCUGAGGAGCACAACCGAAUGAUCUACUUCACCAUCUCUGACUAUGUCUUCAACACAGCCAGCCUGGCUUAUCACAAGGCAGGCUACCUGAACUUCAGCAUCACUGAUGACAAGAUUCCACCAAACUCUAACAUCAGACUGACCACCAAGUCCUUCCGAACAUUUGCUCCUCGGUUAGGCAGGAAGUACCCCAACAUGAACUUGGAGCUCCAAGGAGCCCUAGCUUCCGCCCCAUUCCUGAACCUCACUCCUGGAAACCUGUCUUUGACACCACAAAUGGAGAUCGAAGCUUUUGUGCUUCAGCCCAGUUCUGUGAAGGAGUCAGUCUUCCAGCUUGCUGUGGCCACUAAUAUUUCUGCCAUGUUGACCUUCAAUAGCAGCAGGAUUACUGGGUUCCUGAAGCCAGGAAAGAUGAAACUGGAGCUAAAAGAAUCCAAAGUUGGAAUGUUUAAUGUGGAGUUUUUGGAGGCGCUGCUCAACUAUUACCUUCUCAACACCCUCUACCCCAAGGUCAAUGAGAAAUUAGCAGAAGGCUUCCCCCUCCCUCUGCUGAGUCACAUUCACCUCUAUGACCUUGUUCUUCAGAUACACAAGGACUUCCUGUCUUUGGGAGCCAACGUCCAGUACCUGAGAGAUUGAGGCUUUGGGAGUCUGGAAGCUAUCGCUGGAUCAGCAAGUGACAUUUCUAGAUGCAAUGCCUAGUACCAAAAGUUUUGGGGA